GUUGCCACUUCCUUUACGUUAACCACAAUCCCAAUCCCAACAAACUUUCAAUUCAAACCCCAAAAUAUCAUCAUGCUCUACACUUCGCAUCCCAAUUUUCACCCACUCUCUUUCAUUUCUCAAAAAACUAAAACACCUUUCCCAACCUAACCACCACCGUUAGUUUCUUCUUCCACUCGAUGGCUUCCGUGCCUUUUGCUUCUCAGCAACUCAGUUUCGUUGCUUCUGCUUCUGCUUCGGACAUAUUCAGGUUCGGUGGCGGUUCAGGGCUCCGGUUCGUGACGGUUCAGAAGAAUAAAAAAUUCGGUUUGCCUGUUUGUAGAGCUGGUUCUGCUUUAGCCUUUCGUGACCUCGAUGCUGAUGAUUUUCGUCAUCCUCUUGAUAAACAGAAUACGUUGAUGCUGAGAGCGAUCCCCGGAUUAAAUGAAGUGGGAAAAACUCUUCUAGGAACUGUAACUGAGCAGGUCAUGCUCCUUGAGAACAUAGGGACAUCUGUCCUUGUCUCCAAAAAUCAGCUUUCUGAUCUUCAUCACUUAAUGGCGGAAGCUGCAGAAAUAUUAAAUGUUCCUGCCCCUGAUCUAUAUGUUCGUCAAAGUCCUGUGCCAAAUGCAUAUACAUUAGCUAUAAGUGGUAAACGACCAUUUGUUGUUAUUCAUACUAGCCUAGUGGAGCUACUGACAAGAGAAGAGUUGCAGGCUGUUUUGGCUCAUGAGUUGGGUCACCUAAAAUGUGAUCAUGGUGUGUGGCUUACAUAUGCAAAUAUUCUAACCCUUGGAGCCUAUACGGUGCCUGGCAUUGGAGGUAUGAUAGCUAGGACUCUGGAAGAGCAGAUAUUGCGCUGGCUUCGAGCAGCUGAGUUAACUUGUGAUCGUGCAGCUCUUCUUGUUGCUCAAGACCCUAGAGUUGUCGUCUCUGUCCUCAUGAAAUUAGCUGGUGGAUGCCCAUCUUUGGCCGAUCAACUAAACGUUGACGCAUUCCUGGAACAAGCUCGCUCUUACGAAAAAGCUGCCUCCAGCCCUGUCGGAUGGUACAUAAGGAACGCUCAAACAAGCCAACUGUCACAUCCUCUGCCUGUUCUACGUGCUAGUGAAAUCGAUGAAUGGUCAAGAAGUUCAGCUUAUAGAUCUCUUUUGAAACGUGGAAUACCUAUUAAAUCACAACUACAAAAAAUCUAGCAGUGCUUACUGCGCACAUUGUUCAAAAUGCACAACAGCUCAAGGUUCUUCAUGUGCAAGGUAACAAUGGUGAAAGGUUCCAGAAAGCAAUAAAUUUUAUUUAUUAUGGAUCUACAGCUGCUGCUAAACUAUUACCUCAUACUGAUGCUGCGGAUCAGUAAUUCUAAACAUGUAUAUUCAUUUUGAUUAUUGUUAUAAUAGUCAACCUGUAAGUAGAAUUUUGAUUAGAGGGAUUAUUUUUUUUUAGAAAAUACUGGCCCUUUGAAAGCAAAGAAUUACUUGUAUAUUCUAGAUAUUAACUGAGAUGCUAGAAACUCAUUUAUGUAAGUACCAUUAUUGAAAGAUUUAUAUGCUGUACUGCAUAAACUUUGUAUAAAUAAUAGCAAGCACAUGCGUCAAAAGUU